AAGUAUGCACCAGAACCCCGCGCCGAGUUCCAAUCGCUUUUGAUGGUGCAGGCUGGGAAUCGAAUUACUUCAAUGGAUCUUGGUCAGAACCCAAUAUUCUUUGCGAGAGGCUAUCAAGGUCGCGAGUUUUUUUAUGUCUGAAUAGAUGAUGAAGCUAUGGAAUGAACUCGAGAACAGUGAGUCGUCUGUCAAGAAAUGUUUACGGUCCAAUGGGCGUCGGCAAAUCAUACAUUUCAUGGUUCCUUGCGGCCAAGGCAUAUGCACAUGGUUGGCCAGUGCUUUAUAUUGCGGAUGCUAAUCAACUUAACAAUUGUGACACUAAUACUGACGCAUCACGACUGAUCUGUCAACUCUUCUUAUCCAUCAACAAAGAUACUUUGACAGCCUCAGAGCUCGAGGAAAUGGUCGAAAUUGAAACAUCGGAAAAUCUUUUUGUGAGUAGCGCCAGCAGUAUCUUGGGUGACCUACUCCAGUCAAGAAGUCAGAAGGCAUUAUUUGUCGUGGAUGAGCAUGGUGCAUUAUUUCCAGAAAAAUAGUAAGUCUGCGCCCGACAGGUUCCCAGUUUUAUGGCCUCUAAAGACUUUCAACUCUUGGAACAAUUCAAAUAAUGCGAGAGUAGUGUUUAGCAGUACGGUAAGAUUUGCAAAGCUCA